ACAGUGCUGUCGUACUUUCAAUACUCUAUGUUUGUGGUGUAAAUUUUUAUGGUGUAAAAUCAUCGUUGUCAUCCUGUCAUUUUUUUUCCCCGUUACAUUCUCGAUCUUUGUAGACUGUAAUGUAGACGAUAUUCGCGGAAGAUUGCCCGCAAUAUCGAAACUUAGAAGCUGUACAUACGAAAAUCUUCUCUGUAAGAGAACUUUUACAAAUAAAAUGUACAACCUACACGAGAAAAGUAUCUUCACGAUUUUGCGCUGCGGUGACGCAAAGCGUUUUCAGAUAACUAGCUGUCAUUUUAAUGUCAAACAUAACAAUUUUGAUGAUAUCAUUUUAGCAUCAGAAUGACGACAAAUGUCAAUUUGCUACUCGGGUUAAAAGUCUUUAUAAUUCGAGCGGUGAAAAUUACACGCGGUAGGAAAUGGCCGUUCGAAUUUGCCUCCAAAUUGCUGUCGAGCCAAUCACGGCCAAUCAUCGCCAAAGCCUCAUGACACUGUCGACAACAGCUGACUAGUCGUCGGCUGCUGCGUAAUCGCGCGGCGAAUUCUACCGACAGUAGCGAAUGAACAUAUAUAUUGGGAUACUUAUUAAAAAUCUCGCGAUCGCUCGGUGUGAACGCGCCUUCAGGCGCGACUGAUAAGGGGGCUCUUUUGGAGAACAACAAAGUGGUUUCAUCGCUAUCAUCAGUCGUUGCUCAACAUGGCGAGCCACAUGCAGAAAUUGUUGUUGAGAGCCGGUCGUUUGUGCCGCGUUAAUUCCACGAGGCAGAUCUCCGCCUCCGCCGCGCUCAGAGGAAGACCCGCCUUCAAUUGGGAGGAUCCGUUUGAUCUGGAGUCGCAACUGACGCAGGACGAGAUCCUGAUGAGGGAUCAGUUCCGCGCCUACUGUCAGGAGCAGCUUUUGCCGCGCGUGAUCGAGGCGAAUCGCAAGGAGCACUUCGACCGGGGGAUCAUAAGGCAGAUGGGCGAGCUCGGGGUGCUGGGCUGCACCAUGAAGGGCUACGGCGCCGCCGGGGUGUCCUCGGUGGCUUACGGGCUCCUCGCCCGCGAGAUCGAGAAAGUCGACAGUGGUUAUCGAUCCGCGUUAUCGGUGCAGUCCUCCCUCUCAAUUGGCGCGAUCUACAUGUUCGGCAGCGACGCGCAAAAAGAGCGAUUUCUGCCUAAAAUGGUGUCCGGGGAAAAGAUCGGCUGCUUUGGCUUGACGGAGCCCAAUCACGGUAGCGACGCAGGAGCCUUGGAGACUAGGGCCGUUUACGAUUCCGACAAAAAGGUCUACAAAUUGAACGGCAGCAAAACAUGGAUCACCAACUCGCCCAUCGCCGACGUGUUCGUGAUAUGGGCGAAAUGUGACGGUCAGAUCCGCGGGUUCAUCAUCGAGAGGGAAGCUGCGGGAGAUCGGCUAUCCACUCCGAAGAUCGAGGGAAAGUUUUCCCUAAGAGCGUCCACCACCGGCAUGAUCCUGAUGGACAACGUAAUCGUGCCGGAGGAAAAUUUGUUGAACGUUCAGGGACUCAAAGGACCAUUCAGUUGCUUAAACAACGCACGGUAUGGCAUCGCCUGGGGUGCGUUGGGCGCGGCGGAGACGUGCUUGAAUGUCGCUCGAGCUUAUACCCUCGAGCGGAACCAAUUCAAAAGACCGCUGGCGGCGAAUCAGCUCGUGCAGAAAAAACUGGCUGACAUGAUGUGCGACAUCGCGAUCGGUCUCCAAGCUUGCCUGCGAGUCGGUAGACUGAAGGACGAGAAUAGAGCCGCGCCGGAAAUGAUCUCCAUUAUAAAGAGAAAUUCCGCCAUGAAAUCGCUGGAGAUCGCGCGUGUCGCGCGAGAUAUGCUGGGCGGAAAUGGGAUCUCGGACGAGUACCACGUGAUCAGGCACGUGAUGAACCUGGAAACGGUGAACACUUACGAAGGUACAAAUGAUAUUCACGCGUUGAUUCUUGGGAGGGCGAUCACCGGUAUCGCCGCGUUCUCGGGAUAAGCGACUCAAGUGUCCGGAAUGAUAAGACUGUCUUUGUACACAACACGCCACGUGCCACUCGAUUUUCAUAUUUACAAGCGGUUCGACACGCUCGUCGUAUAUUGUCAAUUCAAUUUCUUUUUCGCCUCUACGAUGAUCAAUUAUUUUUUUACAACGGAAAUUCCUUUUGUACAUUUCGAUGUAUUAAUAAUGUAUACUGAAAUGUGUAUCGAAUAGCUGAAAAUUACUUUUAUCUCUUUCAUGAAAGGUAGAGGUUCUAAUAAAUUGUAUCACAAGAAAAA